UUGUUUUUGAUUGAUGGGUGCGUGUUGAGAUUAAAUAUGCUGAUGAGCGGGCCGGCGGUGCACCCGGUGGAGGCUCUGCCGCCUACGACGGAGGAAGCGCCGCCGAGAAUCCGGAUGAAAGACAUCCAAGGGAUGGCGGGGACAUCCGGCGCCCUCGCCCUCCGCAUCUGCCAGUUCGUCUUCGCCGCCGUGUCCCUCUGCGUCAUGGCCACCACCUCCGAUUUCCCCUCCGUCACUGCCUUCCGCUACCUUGUUGCUGCCGUUGGUUUGCAAAGUAUAUGGAGCCUGUCUCUAGCUCUUGCCGACACAUAUGCUCUUUUGGUGAGACGGAGAUAUAGAAAUACUGGAGCUGUCGGUUUAUUUGCCAUUGGUGAUGGGACACAAAACACAAACAUAUUUGAUUUGGGUUUGAUUCGGGGUGGUAAUGACUGA